CAGGAUUUUUCGCAGAGUGCAAGCUGCUAACCAUGGCUCAAAGUCUUAGCCUCAACAGUAAACAUUAAAUACUCUUUUUAUUCAUGAAAUAAAAAAAUAAACUAAAAACGUGAACAAAAUCUUCAAUGUACACAUUCAUUGUUAACUUUAUCAGUGAGGACCAUGCUUCCCUACAUUCGAUCAAACGAAAACUGCAAAUGUUCGGCUGCUGAAACUGUCAAUAACUUUACUAAAUAUACUAAUGCAUUGAUUUUUGUGUCGAUGGACAAGCUGAUGAUGAUUGCUUAUCGAGCAGUUCUGAUAUUCUUCUUUGUAUUGCAGCUUUUAGGAUGAAGACAAAACAAGUUGAACUGACCAUUAUUAUUGCUCAAAAAGCGAGACAUAUGAAGCAACUUAAGAAUCAAAAUAUGUAAUGUAAAGCCAUGUUCUCUAAUAACUCCCAAAAUCCAAACAUGUUUUUUUAUCUCAGUGUGUCUGUCGACUGUGAAUUCUCAGCAGCAGCAACUCAAUAUUUGGUAUCAGGCUUUUCUGUCAGCAGUCUCUCCUUCCUCAAGAUGACAUCUCGGACGUGUUCCUUAGGAUGGUCACGUUGGUUUUUGAUUAUGUCAUUAAGGAUGUGCUGUUGAGCGAAAAGACUACUACACAGUGGAAACUGGUUCAAGAACAGAUGACUAAUUAACAACAAUGAAAAGACAAAUCAGAAACAAGAGGAGAGGCAUUUACUACACAUGUGCAGUUUGUUUGGUUUUAUUUACAGUCAUUAUUUUAAGAUCCGCCAAACAGUCAAAGAUCUCAAAGUUGAGACUUAAAUCUCGAAUGGAUUCUUAUUUUUCAGUUGAUUGUGUCUAACACAAAUAAGAUGGAACUGAAGCAUCCCACAUGCACAAUAGCAAUGAUGAGAACUAUGAGAGAGGAUAUGAAUUGUGGCUUAUGGUUAAAGCCAAAAAGAGAAAUCCAAAUAUUAAAUUGUAUGGCCUUCCUUGGGCAUUUUCUGGUUGGAUUGGUCAAGGCACACAUAAUCCUUAUACAAAUGUUUCUCUGACAGCUUACAUUGUUCGAUGGAUUACUGGAGCUAAAAGAAGGCAUAAUUUAACAAUAGUCUACAUUGGGUUGUCAUUAUCCAAGCACAUAUUAUUCUCCUGAGGCUUACAUCACUGGAAAAAGUCUUUCAGCCUCUGAAGAUUACAGUAUAUGUAAUGCUGCAAAUGGAGGAGGAUGCUGGGCCAGACUCAUGACCACUCUAUUUGUCUAGGUCCUGGUAUACCCUUAUACCCUGUUUGUGUCUGACCAAGCAGUUCUCAAGUUAGGGCUUGAUGAAGUCUACAAACUGACCACUAUAUCUACUGUGCAAAAAGAAUCAUACACUGACCCCCUCCCUCCCAACCAUUUCCUCUGCCUUAUCUUGAUGACUUUGAAGUACAGGAACCAUUCAAUCUUGCCCAGCAGACAGUCUCCUAUGAAUUAGAAGUUUAUUAGACAAAUGGUUUUAGAGAUUCCAGUAGCCUAUCAUGAUUCUGAUCUGCACAACAAAUCAAUUAGUGUUAUUGGUUCCUAUACUUGGUCUGAUAUUUUUGUGGAAAUAAGUGUCCAUAUUCCCACCUUAAAUUCUACUAGUCGAGUUUUUGUAGCUGCCAGAGUGGAUCAAGGUGAAUGUAAUGUUUUUAGUGUUCAAGACAUUUAUUUAUAUGGACUUCAAAGUGGCGUAUAUCAACUUAGUAAUGAUUUUGCUCGAAUCAAGAUCACUCAACAAGGUUCAGUUCAAAUUCCAGCUGGAUGGCACAUUUUGUCUUUGUUAGUUCAGGGUACAAAUGCACUUGGAGCUUUUGAUGGUGUUCUGUUCAAUGCAACUAUUCCCACAUCUCCAGCAGCUGGCUUUGCAGCUAUUGGCGCAGACAGCUAUGGCUUGGAUGAUUUUGAUAAUUAUCUGCUUCCGCUCUUCAAAACUCAAACGCACGUUUGCCAUGUUGCAGUUAAUUCCUUGCCACUCUGGUACUGUGUGUGGUACAGAAACACCUUCACAUUUAUUUUUCUAAUUAGACAUUAAGCUUUCCAUGUGCUGAAAUUUAGCAAUGUAGAACAGGAAAUAAAUUGUCUGUGACAGUUCAAAGUGUGUAUACAUUUUUUUGACACACCCUGUAAAUAUAUUGUAUUCAGUGAUUUUUUUAUUUUACCAUUUUCUAAUAUUAGUUUGUUAGCUUCAAUAACUAUUAACCUUUUAGAUUGUUAUCUUUCGUAAUGUUAAGACUAGAAAACAAGAUCUCAAAAUUAUAUUUAGGACGAUGAUUACAAUUACUUAGUCAAUUACUUAGAUAAAAUAAUUAUAAAACAAAAGUUAUAUAAAGACAUAAUUAUACAAUGUUUAUGUUUUGUAUGUUCAUAAAAAUGUGUAUAGCAGUGUUAUGGAGUGUGUGUGUGUUUCCAAGGUAACGUUGAGAAAUUAGCGAUUGGUUGGUGGAUAUGCAGUGAGGAUGGUGAAAUUACAAAAAUGGUCUAGUGUAAUGCAAAUUACCCAGGGAUCUGAAACUGUACAAACAUGUUUUUUGUAGUGAGUUAGAUUUUGUUUAAAAUACCAUUUUAUAUUAUUGCUACUAGAUUUAUUUCAUUUCAUCUAGGUUAGUAUUAGGGUUAGUGUUAUGUUGUAAUAAAAGUUAUAUUUAGUUUUGUUUCAAGAAGUUUUUUCAAGUUUCACAAUUAAAUAUAUAUAUAUAUAUCCAAGCAGUAGUUCUCACCAAACUUUCAUACACUGGCAGAACUACCUUAAAAAAAUGUUCUGCUGGAGGCUGGUGUGGGUAGUAUAGAAGAAAUACUUAUCAUUCAACAUCUGUGAUGGGUUGGAAAAUUAUCCCACAUGGGGGGCGACUGCAUGCCAAAUAUAUCUUCAAGGAUGGCGUAACGGGGUGCUCCUGUAAGCACUAUAAAGAUUAACUUAGGCACCUUUUUGCCAUAAGCACUAUAAAGAUUAACUCAGGCACCUUUUAGCCAUAGAGGAAAGUAGGUUGUAAUUGGGUUUACGUAAAUCACUGCACUCAACCUUUAUCUUCAGCAUCAUUAUUAUUAUUAAGCCAUUACUCAAAUUUUGCUUUGUUAUUUUGCCAUGUAGAGAUUUUGUGCUGCUGGGGUGAACAAUGCUUAAAAAAAUAAAAAUAUGCUGUGUUUUUACUUUUGCCCAGCGGUGCCUCCCACAUUUAUGUCUUUUGUAUUUUUCUAUACCAGUUCUGUUACUAUGCAAAUGCAAAAAAAAAACAAAAAAAAAACCAAGUUGUUGCACUAUUGAUAUUUUUUAUACUAAUUUUUUUAUUUAUAUUAUUAUUUAUUUAUUAUUAUCUAAGCAUCUGUUUGUAUUUGAGCUGGGUAAUGAAUAUAGAUUCUUAAAUUUAAUUGUUGUUUGUUGCUUUUCUCACUUUUAAACUGUGACCAUGUAAAUUUUGUCUAGAUGUGGAAUGGUAAUGUCUUAGUGUCAAUGAUAAGAUUGAGAAUGGUAAUGUCUUAGUGUCAAUGAUUAGAUUGAGAAUGGUAAUGUCCUAGUGUCAAUGAUUAAAUUGAGAAUGGUAAUGUCUUAGUGUCAAUGAUUAGAUUAAGAAUGGUUAUGUCCUAGUGUCAAUUAUUACAUUGAGAAUGGUAAUGUCUUAGUGUCAAUGAUUAAAUUGAGAAUGGUAAUGACUUAUGUCAAUGAAAACAUUGAAAAUGGUAAUGUGUUAGUGUCAAUGAUUAGAUUGAGAA